AUGGCCGGGGGGCCGGGCCCGGGGGAGCCCGCGGUUCCCGGCGCCCAGCACUUUCUGUACGAAGUACCGUCCUGGGUCAUGUGCCGCUUCUACAAAGUGAUGGACGCCCUGGAGCCCGCCGACUGGUGCCAGUUUGCGGCCCUGAUCGUGCGCGACCAGACCGAGCUGCGGCUGCACGAGCGCUCGAGCCAGCGCACGGCCAGCGUCCUGUGGCCCUGGAUCAACCGCAACGCGCGCGUGGCCGACCUCGUUCACAUCCUCACGCACCUGCAGCUGCUGCGCGCGCGGGACAUCAUCACGGCCUGGCACCCUUCCACCCCGCUUCUGCCCCCAAGCACCACUACUCCGAAGCCCAGCAGACUCUCUGUCCCCUCCGAGGCAGAGGAAUGGAGCCCCGGGAAACUGCAGCCCUCCGCUGCCACCCUCCUAUCACCAGCUUUUCCAGGCUCCCAGGCCCAUUUGGGACCUGAACUCUGCCGGGUCCCAAGAUCUGCUUCCCCUGGGCCACCUCUGCCAACUCCAGCCCCUUCCUCUACCAAGCCUAGUCCAGAGAGCCCAGUGUCCCACCUGCAGAGGGCCCACCCCUCCCCAUUUUGCUGGCCCUUCACUGAGAUUUCCCAGGGCACCUGCAACUUCUCUGAGGAGCUCAGGAUCGGGGAGGGCGGCUUUGGGUGUGUGUACCGGGCCGUGAUGAGGAAUACCAUGUACGCAGUGAAGAGGCUAAAGGAGGAUGCUGACCUAGAGUGGACUGUGGUGAAGCAGAGCUUCCUAACAGAGGUGGAGCAGCUGUCGAGGUUUCGUCACCCAAACAUUGUGGACUUUGCUGGCUACUGUGCUGAGAGUGGCCUCUACUGCCUUGUCUAUGGCUUUCUGCCCAAUGGCUCCCUGGAAGACCAUCUCCACCCUCAGACCCAGACCUGCCCCCCUCUCUCCUGGCCUCAGCGACUGGAUAUCCUUCUUGGCACAGCCCGGGCUAUUCAGUUUUUACAUCAGGACAACCCCAGCCUCAUCCAUGGAGACAUCAAGAGUUCCAACGUGCUUCUGGAUGAGAGAAUGAUGCCCAAGCUGGGAGAUUUUGGCCUGGCUCGUUUCAGCCGUUUUGCAGGCGCCAGCCCAGGCCAGAGCAGUGCCGUGGCUCGGACUCGAACAGUGCGUGGCACCCUUGCCUACCUGCCUGAGGAGUACAUUAAAACAGGCCGGCUGGCCGUGGACACCGAUACCUUCAGCUUUGGGGUGGUAGUGCUGGAGACCCUGGCUGGUCAGAGAGCUGUGAGAACACAUGGUGCCAAGACCAAGUAUCUGAAAGACCUGGUUAAAGAUGAAGCUGAGGAGGCUGGGGUGACCCUGAAAAGCACCCAGACCACUCUACAGGCAAAUACGACCACAGACGCUUGGGCUGUUCCCAUCGCUGCCCAGAUCUACAAGAAACACCUGGACCCCAGGCCCGGGCCCUGCCCACCCCAGCUGGGCCUGGUCCUAGGACAGCUAGCUUGCUGCUGCCUACACCGCCGGGCCAAGAAGAGGCCCCCCAUGACCCAGGUCUACACGAGGCUGGAGCAGCUACAGGCAGCAGUGCCAGGGCCUCCUUGGGAGCCACAGGCCGCCGGCCCCAACCCUCCUUCCCCACAGGAGAACUCCUACAUGUCUACCACUGGCAGUGCCCAAAGUGGGGGUGCCCCCUGGCAGCCUCUGGCAGUGCCCUCAGAAGCCCCGGCCCAGGCUGCCGAGCAGCUCCCGAAGAGUCCCAACCAGCCCGUGGAGAGUGACGAAAGUGUGUCCAGCCUCUCGGCCGCUCUGCACUCCUGGCACUUAACUCCCAGCUGCUCCCCAGGCCCAGCAUGCCUCGGAGAGGUUGGCUGUGCCCAGGAGGGCACCUCCAGAGAAACAAGCUGGGGGUGUGGCCCAGGCUUCCAGCCCACAGCUGUGGAAGGCUCUUCCGUGGGCAGCUGUGCAUCAUUGUCAUCGGAGCCACCACAGAUCAUCAUCAAUCCCGCCCGGCAGAAGAUGGUACAGAAGCUGGCCCUGUAUGAGGAGGGCAUCUUGGACAGCUUGCAGCUGCUGUCGUCAGGCUCCCUCCCAGGCCUGGCCCUGGAACCCCAAAACAGACAGGGGCCUGAAGAGAGUGAUGAAUUUCAGAGCUGAUUAGUUCAUCCAGCAAACCCCUCAGACUCAAGUCACAGUUCUUAUGGUUGGAAGUUCUCAUGCCAUGCAACCUCCUCAGCAGCCCAGAAGCAGCAAGGGUGGGGCCCAUCCCCAAAGUGGGGCAGAGGGUGGUGGGCCCUGCUGCUCUCAGUAUGUGGGUGCAGCCAGCGGCGGCCAGCGAGGCUGCUAGAAGCUGAUAGGGCAAGGCAGCUCAGAGGCCUGCCUUUGCGUCGGUGUCUAGGAGUGAGGUAAGCAGAUGACUCCGAAGCGGUGGGGUGGUACGAGGCAGAAGGCUGCUAAGUGCACAGACCUAGGGCAGGUGGGUGGGGCUGUUGGGAUGGUGGGAGCUGGCUCCCAGAAAGCUAGGCAGGGCAUCUGCAGCCCAGUCCUACAGAAACCAUUAGCCCCCUCCCUCUAGACCUUCCUAGAGCCGAGAGAAGGAGCCCUUCCUUCCUGCGCCACAAGCAGGUGUGGCCUGGGGCCCUCCCAGCCUCUUGCAGACAUGAAGUAUGACUGUCCUGGGGCGCCACCAGCAGGAAGUGAGAGUUCUGAGACUCCCCCCGAGCGCAGCAGUGCCCCUGCCACGCACUGACGUGGACAGGCCUCACACAUGCCUGUGAGCUAGCCUAAUGUGACUGCCUGCUAGGUAGGCCACCCUUAGACACCACAGCUGUGUCCUCAGUCACGAGUCACACUACAUGCCCCUGUGAAGUCCAAGGUGUCCUGACUCAUAAAAACUUACAUUUCACUAUCUGGCUAGACUUGUGGAGUUUGUUGCACUUAAAGCCUUGAUCUUUGCCCAGGGUUCUUGAGUGACAAGCCAAAACUCCAAACCCCACCAUCUGGUUCCCACUCUGCUGUGCCUAGACUGGGGACAGAUCGACUGGCCAUUAAGUUUUCCUUUCAUAUCUCAUGGGUUUUGAUGCUAUUGUAAGUGGGAACUUCACUUCAUGUCAUUUCCGAAUUCUCCAUUGAUGUUGUAUGGAAAUAUAAUUAAGUUUGCCUGUGGCCUUUAUUUGGUGACCUUAAUUAAAUACACUUAUUAAUUCUA